AUGGAUGCUAUAAGCAUUAAAAUAAUAAUAGUUAAAAAAUUAAGAACUAUCAAUAUAUUUUUUGAGUUGGUAAUUAAUUAAAAUUUGAUUUGCUUGGAGAAAUUAUAUUAUUGUUAAUAUACAAGUUAAAUAGUAAGCAUAGAUAGAUAGAAGUAUAGCAAGAUAUAUCAAAUGGGAAAAAAGAGAAGAGUUCAAGUUUUCACUGGUAGUAUGUUACAGCCUUUGUAUCGUUAUUUAUUAUCUGCCAAGAUUGGUGUUAAUCCUUUAGAUUUACAUGGCUAAAACAUUGCUAAAUAAAUAUUCUUGAAGUGCAAAUAAGCUAGACCUAAAUAUCUUUAAAAUGAUUUCAAUGCAACUUUAGUUUAGGACAAUGAAGCACCUGCAAGUUAUUUCCAUGCAAAAUUCGUAAAUGGAUAUGAGUAGAAAUGGUAUUUGCAUAAGUCCACUGAAGAGGAAAUUAAUAGAAAUCUUAAGUAUUUCAACUAUCAAAUAGAAAUGGAAAGAAAUCUUCAAGGUCAUGAUGAUGAAUACGAAGAUGAAGAAACCUAACUUUGA